UGGUACGGCCGCGCAGGCGCGCGAGGCACAGCGGGCGCGCGGGCCGGCCCCGGGGCCUCCAUGAUGGAGGAGCGAGCGGCAGCCGCGGUCGCCGCCGCCGCCUCCUCCUGCCGCCCGCUGGGCUCCGGCGCGGGCUCCGGCCCGACGGGGGCGGCCCCGCCCGCUGCCCCUGCCCCGGGGCCCGGCCCGGCUGGUAAGGGAGGCGGCGGCGGAGGCAGCCCCGGGCCUACGGCGGGGCCUGAGCCCCUGAGCCUGCCGGGGAUCCUGCACUUUAUCCAGCACGAGUGGGCGCGCUUCGAAGCGGAGAAGGCCCGCUGGGAGGCCGAGCGCGCCGAGUUGCAGGCUCAGGUGGCUUUCCUCCAGGGAGAACGGAAAGGGCAAGAGAAUCUCAAGACGGACCUGGUGCGGCGGAUCAAGAUGUUGGAAUACGCGCUGAAGCAGGAAAGGGCCAAAUACCAUAAAUUGAAGUUUGGGACGGAUCUGAACCCAGGGGAGAAGAAAUCAGAACCGGCAGAACAAGUCUCUAAUGGCCCCGUGGAGUCAGUCACCCUGGAGAACAGCCCGCUGGUGUGGAAGGAGGGGCGGCAGCUUCUCCGACAGUACCUGGAGGAGGUGGGCUACACGGACACCAUCCUGGACAUGCGGUCCAAACGUGUGCGCUCCCUCCUGGGCCGCUCAUUGGAGCUCAACGGGGCCGUGGAGCCCAGCGAAGGGGGGCCCAGGGCCACGCCAGGUCCUGGGGGGCUCAGCGGUGGGGAGUCGCUGCUGGUGAAACAGAUCGAAGAGCAGAUCAAGAGGAAUGCGGCCAGCAAAGAUGGCAAAGAGCGCCUGAGUGGCUCGGUGCUGGAGCAGAUCCCCUUCCUGCAGAACUGCGAGGACGAGGACAGCGACGACGACGAUGAGCUGGACGGCACGCAGCACAGGAAGCCGCGCGUGAAGCUGCCCUCCAAGGCCCUGGUGCCCGAGAUGGAGGACGAGGAUGAGGAGGAUGACUCUGAAGACGCCAUCAAUGAGUUCGAUUUCUUGGGCUCAGGAGAGGAGGGGGAGGGCUCCCCGGACCCCCGACGGUGCACUGGAGAGGGGACCCACCACGAGCUGGAAAGCCGGCGGGUCAAACUCCAGGGCAUUUUGGCCGACCUUCGGGAUGUGGACGGGCUGCCCCCUAAAGUGACUGGUCCCCCUCCUGGCACACCGCAGCCCCGGCCACACGAAGGUUCCUUUGGCUUCUCCUCAGACGUUUUCAUCAUGGACACUAUCGGGGGCGGGGAGGUGAGCCUGGGGGACUUGGCAGAUCUCACCGUUACCAACGACAACGACCUCAGCUGUGAUCUCUCUGACAGCAAAGAUGCCUUUAAGAAGACAUGGAACCCCAAAUUCACUCUCCGCUCACACUACGACGGCGUGCGCUCCCUGGCUUUCCACCACAGCCAGUCUGCCUUGCUCACUGCCUCCGAGGACGGCACGCUCAAGCUGUGGAACCUGCAGAAGGCUGUUACAGCCAAGAAGAACGCUGCGCUCGAUGUGGAACCUAUCCACGCCUUCCGGGCUCACAGGGGCCCCGUGUUGGCAGUGGCCAUGGGCAGCAACAGUGAGUGCUGCUACAGUGGGGGGGCAGACGCCCGCAUCCACAGCUGGAAGAUUCCAGACCUCAACAUGGACCCCUACGAUGGCUACGACCCAAGCGUGCUGAGCCAUGUCCUGGAGGGCCAUGGGGACGCUGUAUGGGGCCUAGCCUUCAGUCCCGCCUCCCAGCGCCUGGCCUCCUGCUCUGCCGACGGCACCAUCCGUAUCUGGGAUCCCAGCAGCAGCCCAGCCUGCCUCUGUACCUUCCUCACAGCCAGCGAUCAUGGGAUCCCCACCUCAGUGGCCUUCACCAGCACCGAGCCUGCCCACAUUGUGGCAUCCUUCCGCUCCGGCGACACCGUCUUGUAUGACCUGGAGGCUGGCAGUGCCCUCCUCUCGCUGGAAUCCCGGGGGAGCAGUGGCCCAACCCAGAUCAACCAGGUGGUGAGCCACCCGAACCAGCCCCUCACCAUCACCGCCCACGAUGACAGAGGCAUCCGCUUCCUCGACAGCCGGACAGGGAAAUCUGUGCACUCCAUGGUUGCCCACCUGGACGCGGUCACCUGCCUCGCCGUGGACCCCAACGGUGUGUUCCUGAUGUCGGGAAGCCACGACUGUUCCCUGCGCCUGUGGAGCCUGGACAACAAAACGUGCGUGCAGGAGAUCACGGCCCACCGCAAGAAGCACGAGGAGGCCAUCCACGCUGUCGCCUGCCACCCCAGCAAGGCCCUCAUCGCCAGCGCCGGCGCCGACGCCCUGGCCAAGGUCUUCGUGUGAUGCCUGCCUGGCCCCACUCUGGCCGCCGCAAUGGCUGGGGAGGGGGCCGGGCAGGUGGCGCUGAGAGGGUGCUGUGUCCCAGGGUGGUGGCUGAGGCACCUUGUGCGAAUCAUCGAGGUGACUCCCAGCCUCCCUAGAGGUCCGGCCUCUUCCCGCCUGCCUGGGAACCUGGUGGUGCUAACGGCCCUUUCCCCAGGAGGCCGUCCCCCACGGCCUGUCCUUCCCCAAGCAUCCAGCCUGGGGAGCAGCCUCCUUCAGGAAUCCCCCUCCAGGAUGGCCUCAGGGAGUUUCCUCUCUGUGCCCUGACGCCCAGUCCUGGUAUCAGAGCUGCCGUCUCCGGUGCAGCACAGCCAGGGCUGGGUGUCCUGGGGGAUCAGCUUUUCCAAGAUGCCAGAAGGUGCCAGGUUCUCUCUUUGAACCCCCGACCCCCCUUCUCCAUCUUCCCACAUGAGUGGGAGCUGUGCUUGAAGGAGCCCCAAGCGCCACUACUCUGGGUCCCCUGGGAAGCCAUGGAGCUGGCUGGACCCUGGGCUGUCCUCAGGGGGAGUGCCCGGCCUGGCCCACCCCAGAAGCACGCCCAGUCUCCCACCCUCCCCUCCAGUUCCCUCAACACAGCUUUCCAGACACUACCCAGCGCCUCCAGGGCCAGUAACUGCCUGGGGAAUAGGUGAUGCCCUCGGGGGGGGGGGGGGGGCGCGCCUACCCCUACUUCCCCCACCGCUCCCAGCACUCUUCCAGGGGCAGCCCCCCAGCCCCCAUGGGGUCACCCAUGGGGACAGAUGGCCUUCUCUUGCCCCUCCUUGGGGCAUGGAGGCUGGAGGGGGCCCCCUGGGUCCCCCACAACUCCCUGUAUAUCUGUAUAAAUAAAUGGGAUGUUAAUGGAGCCCUGCCCCCUACCCCCAUGUCAUUAUCACUGUGUGAUAGUCUGUGUCUCCUCUCCUCGUCCUCCACUCUCUUCCUCUAUUUAUUUCACUCUCUUUUUUGGGUUCCACCCUGGGCCCUCGGGCCCCCUUCCAGGUUCCUGUUUAUAAGCCCCCGUCCCCCAUGCUCUGGACUUGGAUGUGAGAGUCGUCUCAAUAAACCCUUUGGAGUAAGA